AAAAAAAAUAAACAAAGAAAAGGACUGUUAUGUUGAUUGGAAAAUCCUUGAUAUAUUCAAAGCUUACUCCCCAUCUGGCAGAAGCUGCAUUCACAUUUCCUCUCCCUUCUUUCCUUUUCGAUCGGUAUUGAAGUAUAUGUAUUUGCUUCUUCUUUUCAAAUAUAUUGUUCCUUGAGAAACUUCGUUCUAUCAGCUCCAAGUUAUCGAGUCUUGAAUCUUGGUAGCAUAUUUUCGCAACUGAAGUAAAAACUUGGAAGCAAAAACAUGGCUGGAGGAGGUGGCGGAAGGUCUUUGGAGGAAACACCGACAUGGGCUGUUGCUGUAGUCUGUUUUGUUUUGGUUUUGAUUUCAAUAAUCAUUGAGCACAUAAUCCAUAUGAUCGGAAAGUGGCUAAGGAAGAAACAUAAACGAGCACUUUUUGAAGCACUGGAAAAGGUUAAGUCAGAGCUUAUGUUGCUGGGAUUUAUAUCCUUGCUCCUAACAGUAGGACAAGGUGUAAUAUCAGACAUAUGCAUAUCAGAGAAAGUUGGGUCUACUUGGCAUCCAUGCAAUAAGAAACAAGAAGAGAAAAUGAAUGAAGACGUUGAAGAUACAGAUUACGAUAAUCGCCGGAGACUUCUAACCAUAUCAGACUCCGGUGGAGUUUUCCGGCGUUCAUUGGCGGCAGGCUCAGAGGACAAAUGUGCAGCAAAGGGUAAAGUACCAUUUGUUUCCUCGGAUGGUAUCCACCAACUCCACAUUUUCAUCUUCGUGCUAGCUAUUUUCCAUGUCCUUUACUGUAUUCUUACAAUGGCAUUGGGCAGAGCUAAGAUGAGAAGUUGGAAGAGGUGGGAAAAGGAGACUAGAACCAUCGAAUACCAGUUCUCGCACGAUCCGGAGCGGUUCAGAUUUGCAAGGGAAACGUCGUUUGGAAGAAGGCACUUGAGCUUUUGGACCAAAAACCCGGUUCUUAUGUGGAUAGUUUGUUUCUUCAGACAGUUUGUAAGGUCGGUCCCUAAAGUUGAUUACUUGACCCUCCGACAUGGAUUUAUCAUGGCACACUUGGCACCCCAAAGCCAAACCCAAUUUGAUUUCCAAAAAUACAUAAAUAGAUCAUUGGAAGAAGAUUUCAAAGUUGUUGUGGGCAUCAGUCCUCCAAUAUGGUUUUGGGCUGUAGUCUUCCUACUCUUUAACACUCAUGGUUGGUAUUCUUAUCUGUGGCUGCCAUUCAUCCCUUUGAUUAUCGUCCUGCUAGUGGGAACCAAGCUACAGGUGAUCAUAACCAAAAUGGGGCUCAGAAUUCAGGAGAGAGGAGAGGUGGUGAAAGGAGUGCCGGUCGUUCAGCCUGGCGACGACCUUUUCUGGUUCAACCGCCCCAGACUCGUUCUCUUUCUUAUCAACUUUGUUCUUUUCCAGAAUGCCUUCCAGUUUGCAUUCUUUGCAUGGACUUGGUAUGAAUUUGGGAUAAAAUCUUGCUUCCAUGAGCAUGUGGAAGAUGUAGUCAUCAGGAUUUCAAUGGGGGUCCUCGUUCAAAUUCUUUGCAGCUAUGUCACUCUUCCUCUUUAUGCCCUCGUAACACAGAUGGGUUCGAACAUGAAACCCACCAUAUUCAACGAAAGAGUAGCCACGGCGCUAAGGAAAUGGCACCACACGGCUAAGAAACAGAUCAAACAGAACAAGGGCUCGGUGACCCCUUUCUCUAGCAGACCGAACACCCCAUCACACCACACGUCCCCGGUCCACCUCUUGAGAAACUACCGGAGCGAAAUGGACAGCCUCCAUACCUCGCCAAGGAGAUCGAAUUUCGAUAUUGAGCAUUGGGACACGGAUUCUCCAUCCCCCUCCCACCCCAAUUAUGGUGAGGGUUCAUCGUCUCACCACCAUAAUUAUAUGGCUGAACAAGUUCAACUAGACAAUGAUAGGGAUGUUGUAAAUGAGCCGAGCUCAAGUGAACAACAGGAACGCACGCAACAUGAGAUUAAUAUCGGGCCGAAGGAAUUUUCUUUUGAUAGAAGAACGAGUGUAUAAACAUACAUUUGGGAUUUGAAAUUAGAUGGUAAUAUAUAACAUGAUCAGAUGGCUGAUAGCAUCAAUGGAAUUGGCCAUGGAAGAAAUGAUGCCACUUGAUCAUUUUGGAUCA